UGUUCCUCAAGGAUUUGGGUCCCGAAUUAUGCAGCAGAGUAUACAGUAUAGGUCGUAUUGUGAUACGGUAUGGUUUUACAAGAGUUAUGAGAAUAUUGAAAUGGAUGCUCCGACGGAUCUCAGUUACCUCCAUACUUCGAUUAUCAACCAUUACAACUACACGACAGUUACCAAGGUAGCAAGAGAGAAUGCUCGCUUACGUCCAAACCAGGAGAUUUUCAUUUUUAGAGAACUGGACGGAUCAAGAUCGAGUCUGACAAAUGCUAGUCUGUAUCAGCAGGCUGAACAACUAGCGAAAUACCUAUUGACACAAGGAAUUAGGAAAGGGGAUAUCGUGGCCCUGGCAGGUCCAAAUACGCUGGAGAUGGUUAUUGGAACGCUCGGAAUAUUGGCAGCUGGAGCUGUGGUCUGGAACGUUGUCAUCAACAUGAAAACGGCGCUAGAUGUCAAGGCGCUAUUUCAACAAACGCGUGCAAAAUGUAUCUUAGUAGACUGCGGGAAAGAUGGCGGGUUUCUUCUUCCUUUCAAAACUAUGCUUGAAAAUUGUAGCGCAGGCGAUGCUUACAAUAUUCAAGUUAUCUCACUUCGCGAGGCAGACUCCCAUCAGAUCAAAGCUGUGGACACUUUGCAAAACAUACAAACACGACAACUAAAGGAAGUGGAUCUUCCAGAUAUUUACCCAGAAGACAAUGCGAUAAUCUUCACGACAUCCGGAAGCACUGGUAAACCAAAGAUGGUCCUUCAUUCUCAUUUCGACUUUGCAAGUAAUCCAUUCUCCUUUACCCCGCCUACAGUAGACUAUGACGUUAUUCUCUUUAAUGAGAGACCAUUCGCCUGGAUUGGAGGAACGCCUGUACUUGGAAUUCUUCGAAGCCAAAGCAGGGUCUUCAUGGAUUCAACUGUAGCAAUAAACAGUAAAAAUGCAGACUUCGUUUGGAGGACUUUGAAAGAAGAACGUUGCACGGACGCUUUGCUGUUGCCUUUUGUAAUCCACGAUUUACUUGAGCUGCCAAAGUCUGUCACAGAGGACGGAUUUAAGCUGCAACAUAUCAAUACCGGAGGCCAAAUGAUAAACGACAACUACACUGGAGUGAUAGGUCAAUUUUGUCACAAAAUGAUGAUUACAUAUGCCUCAACUGAGGCUACAUGUAUUGCUUCGAAAGGCCCAUUUGACGAUGAAGAACCUCUGCAAGCGGGAGACGUUGGUAAACCUUCCACAGGGAUGGAGAUUAGAGUCGUUGACCUCCAAGGUUUGCCCAUCAACAAAGGAUCGAUAGGCAAGAUUCAGAUACGCUCUCAACAAAUCAUGAGGUCAUAUGUCGGGAGCCCGCAACUCACAAAAGAGGCAUUCACAGAAGACAGAUGGUUCAGAACUGGAGAUAUCGGCAAGGUGUCACCUGAUGGAAAUCUCAUUCUAUUGGGAAGAGAAAUCGAUGUUAUAUCCAGGGGCACGCGCAAAAUAUAUCCUGGCAUGUUGGAGUUCUUGCUGAAACAGAUGAAGAUGAUCAAAGAGGUUUGUGUGGUGCCUGUACCUGAUGAAAGGCUGUAUGAAGAGGUUUGUGUGUGCUUUGUAUCGUCAGGAGAGCUCACUCCGGAUGAUGUUCAACAAUACUGCAAGCAGAAUCUAUUCAAGGAGAACACUAUCGACAGUCUUGGUGAAAUGCCGACAUACUUCUUGAAGUUUGAAGCAUUUCCAAAAUUAGGAGCCGGAAAAACAGACAAGAAAGCGAUACGGCUUGACGCUUCCAUCAAGUUAGGGCUGACCGAACACUCCGUUGAUAAUUCACAGAUUAAUUGAUAAAACUAACGGCAACGUGUGCACAUAACACGGUAUGUUUGUAAGGGAUCUUCUUAUUUACAUAAUAAUAAAUAAUGUAUUCGAACUCUUAUUUACAUUAA